UUUUCCAGAAGAAUGAAUACCAGCACACAGGCUGUGGUAUCUGGGGAAGAUUCACAAUCAGAAUCCCAAACCAAACUUACAAACUUCUGGACAAAUAAAACUAGCAGCAUCAAUAAAAUCGGAAUGACUCAUUUCAAAACACAGGAACUGCCGCUAGCACGAAUAAAGAAGAUUAUGAAACUAGAUGAAGAUGUUAAAAUGAUCAGUGCGGAAGCCCCUGUACUCUUCUCUAAAGCAGCUGAGAUAUUCAUAAGUGAGCUGUCACUACGUGCCUGGCUCCAUACAGAAGAAAACAAAAGAAGAACCUUACAAAGAAAUGAUAUAGCAAUGGCAAUUUCCAAGUAUGAUCAAUUUGAUUUCCUAAUUGACAUAGUUCCAAGGGAUGAACUGAAACCAACAAAACGACAGGAAACACAUGUGCAACAGACAGGUAUGUUGCCUGAUCAGGUGCAAUACUACUUCCAACUUGCCCAGAACCAGGCAGUUCAGCAGCUAAGGCAGGGUACACAGCAACAACAACAACAGCCUCAGCAACAACAGCAGCAACAAGCUCAGACUAUACAGGUUGCUAAUGUGACACAGGGUCAACAGUUCAUUAGCAUACCAUCAGGUGUUCAAGUGCAGACAGGCGCAGCUCAACAGCUCCAGCAAAUUGUCAACCAGUCACAGGCUCAACAGCAGGUUCAGGCCGGUGGUGACAGCCAAACAACUCAGCUUGUUCAAGCAGAUGGAACAACGGCGCAAAUGAUACAGACAGCCGACGGACAGCCGGCCCAGCUGGUCCAAGCUGGCGGUCAGACCAUCCAGCUUCAAGAUGGCUCACAGAAUGCACAGAUUGUAAGCAAUACCGGGGAAGUUCAGGUUUUUGGCGGUCAGCAGAUUCAAUACCUGAGACAGGGACAAUUUGUCACAGCUGAAAUAUCCGGCUCACAGCCUGUAUUCCAAAUUCAGCAACUACCAAUACAAACUCAAGCUGGUACUACACAACAGGUUUUCCUGCAGCCGACAACAACAGAUAGCAGCGGGGAGACGGUCCAGGUAACGCAGUGAUCCACCAUUCCUGCACUGUUCACCAAUCAGAAAAAGGUACCGAGUCCAUCAUGUAAUCCCCAUUUGUGGACAUUAUACACUUGGCUGUAUUUGUGUAAACUAAAAUAUUGGUGUCUAUAAAUUUCUGCAGAACACAGUCUGAAAAUAGACAUCCUUGAAAAAGAUGAUGGAUUCAGGAGCCAUUUUCCCAAAAUUUAUUAAACCAUCCAAAAAAAAUUAGAUGGUUAAGAAAGCUGAUUAUAAACGCUAAUGUGGAAAAAUAUUUAUAUCUAAAGUUUUUAUACAUUUUAUUGACAUCAAAAGUAACUGUUAAAGGUGCUCUGUGUUGUAAAAAAUAAAGAUUUUUCCAGACUAUCAAAUUUUAUUUGAUAAUAAAAACAUGUGACACGCCUAAAUAUGGUCAUGAUGUGAUAUAUAGGCACAUCAUGUCUAUAUAUGGGCAUACAACAGUUUUUGGCAAAGUAAUUUUGAUAGUGUGGAGAGAGCUUUGAGAUUAUUGCAUUUGUUGUGUGGUUGUUGGACUGGUUCUAAAUAGGAUGAACAAUUAACUUUUCAAAAAUAGGUUUAAUGGAUGUGAUGUUUAUGUAAAUACAAAACAUGAGCGCAGUAUUCAGGACAUCAGCUCUUUAUUAAAAAUGUUUGUGAAGCAUGCGUGCCUGAAAUUGAUGUUCUUCACUUUUGAUCUUGGAAUAAGAACAAAUUUUCAGACAAAAGAAACUUCGGCUAUAUAGCCCUUUGUCGUGUCGAUCAUCUGUAGAAAGUAACGUUACAGUAUAUCUAAGGCUGAAGCAUGUUUAAAAGGCACACUUCGGUUUUCCGACCUAUUUUUAUGCCCACCCCUGCCUUUUCCGUAUCUUUCCUCUUAUACCAUAUCCCAUCCUACAGUAGUCUUUCAUAUCCCGUCUUCUACUUCUAUGUACUCCUUUCUUCACCCCCAGGAUCAAUUUUGUGACCUGUAUUCCUCCUUCUCUCACCUAUCUCACUUCUCUAAUCCUUAUAAUAUAUUGCUUAUACAGUAUUUGCAUGGCAUUGAUUUUACCAGUCACUGUCAUGACAUAUACCUGCCCCCUCUAAACAAUCAGCAUUUCAAAUAUAUUUGGCUUGUUAUUUACAUACUGUAAAAUUGUUCGAUACAGCAUCUGGGCGUUUUCAAUAAGCCCUUAAAAUCAUAUGGCAAGGCAUAAAAUCCAAACUAUUAAACAGCACCUACAUUUGCAAUCAGACUGAAUAUUGGACAAGUUGUGCAAAAAAUAAAAUUUCUUCACAUGACCAUAUUUGGCAUGGCAUGCAAUGAAACACAGCAAACAUUAAAUAUGUAAUUUUUAGGCUUUGUCCAGCUUUAACAAACUUUCUGACAAAAAACUGUUGUAUGCCAAUAUAUAGUCAUGAUUUGCCUAUAUAUGGUCAUAAUGAGAUGUCAUCAUGACCAUAUAUAGGCAUGUCAUAUGUAGUUUAAUAGUCCUGACAGGGCUAUGGAUCAAUACUGUACAUAUCUAUGUCUUGUCAGAGCUGGUAGCUGAGAGUUAUUAUUCAAUUUACAAAACAAUGAAUUACUUUGCCUAUUAGAAAAUGUGCAGUAUUGCCUUUUGCAAACGGCCUUUAAUACAGUAUUAGUAUAUUAAUGGGCAGACAAGGUGUAAAUAUAUAAAAUGUGUUUUAAUGUACACAAAAAGGACCUUUCAGCUAUUAGCCUCGCCCCUUGGAUAUUGUUGUUAAGAUCCCACAAAACGACUCACAAACAUGUGCCUUUGUGGGAAAACGUGUGCUUGUUAAACACGCGCAUAUUCUUGACCCCUUUCUAAUUGGUCCGUUGUUGAGUUUGAUUGACUGUACGGAAAGGUUCGUUGAUUGUUUUCCACAUCAAUGGAACAUUUUAGUGGUUCUCUCACAAGUUGGCAUUUAGAUACAGUAGUAAAUUUGUCAAGCAAAGCAUGAUGUGUGGAACAGUGCUAAGUCUUUGAACUUACUGCCAAAUGGGUGUGGUUUAAAAUUGAUCAUUGUGUUUGUGUCUGUAGCAUAGACCUUUAAUAAUAGGAGUAUAAUGGUUGAAUGUGAAUACUGUAUUUUGAACAGGGGCAGUGGAACCAGUACGGCAGGUACGGCGACCGCUGAACCAAUAUUUUGACAAUUAAUGAGCUAUUUCCAAGCAUCUAGACAUGUAAAUGUUACAAAAUUUCCUACUGAGGUUAUUGGAGACUCUCACGCUGUACGAAUCAUUAAAUGCUUCCUGCCGCCCUGUUGAAAAUGACAGUGUGCUCUGUACUCAGUUAUAUUUAUGACUAGGGGAGGUUUCACAUUGUGUAUGAUUGCCUUGGUAUCCAAUUUCCAGGUUAAUGUCUGUUCACACUGUCACAGUUUUUUUUUUUUUUUUUUUUACAGAACAGUAUGAUUUGUCCAUAAGUAAUAAUAAUAGACAUGGUGAUGUCAUAUUACUGCCCUGAGUAAAUCAGAUAUAUAUACUGUAACAGAAUCUUGAUAAAGUGAACGCGGCUUUAACAUAAUUGUAUAAAGAAGUUGAGUAUCGUGUACAAGUCCCAUUUAACAUAAGCUCUAAUGGAAAUUAAUUUUAUAUGGCAGUAUUCUGUACAUCAUGUCCAACCAUUGAUGGAAUGCUCCAUUUUCAGCAGGCAUUAGUGAAGUUUUGCAAUGUUGUGAUAUUUAAUACAGUUUUGCUCAUCUUAUUUUUUUUUUCUGAUCCCAUCAUCUGUAAAUGUGUAUCAGGUUUUUACAAGAAUCAUCAAUCAGAUUUGAAAGUAGAAAACAUGGACUGAAUAACUCCUGUAACCAUAAAAGAUGUUUACAGCUGUUUAAUAAUAAUAGAAUGUACAGUAUUGUAUUCUAAAUCGUUUUGCAAAUCCUAAUUAAAUAUAACAAAAACUAAGAUGUAAUAUAUUUUACCCUAUAUAUUAUAUAUGUGGCAAAGACAAGCCAAACCAGUCACUCGUCGCAAAUCCUGUUUUGGAGAUAAUGGCCAAAACAUG